UCUAGACGGUCGUGUUCCAUGAAAAUUCAUUGCAGGAAAAUAUAAAAUACAACAAAGGAAUAAAUAUUUUAAUCUUUGCUGUCAAAUUUAACGGUCUUUCUGUAGUGUUGGAAAAUCAGCACAUGAAUGUGGAAUAAUCGAUAGACAUUUAUCGCGUUUUGCUCAGAUCGACGGAAUGCUUUCUAAAUUAAUCAAGUUUUUUAACGAAAGAUGCAUGGAUCCCAUGUGAACUUAAAAGAUCUGACCAUCGACUGCCUGCUGUGCAUUUUUGACUACUGCUCGGAGGCGGAUCUGCUGCGCCUGUGCCUGGCGGACCAGUACCUGGAGUAUAUUAUAGACACCCACUACUUUUAUCCACUGGCCUACGAUUUGCUGCUCUGUGGUCACCGGAAUAGUCCAAGAAUCGAGCAGAGAAACCGAACCCGCCUAAAGAACUAUGAACGCAUUGAGGUCUCCAAGAACUGGGUUAGUGGGACAUAUUUCGAACGUCCCUACUUCCACCAUGCCCAGAUGUUUCCAACCAAACUGUGCCUGGAGGCGAACUUCCUGUUCAUUACCCAUGCAGGCUAUUUACGGAAGUACCGGCGCUCCAACACCGAUGCACUGCAUCGUCGUUUCGAGGAGGAAAUCAGUACGUCCACCCUGAGCGACAUCUCCGAUUUUGUUAAGAAGCAAGACACCAUAUUUGCGGGGAGGGUGUGUGGAUCUUGCUUCCACUACGAUGCGGAUGGCAUUACGGAACAAAGGAUGCAUCCGGCCAAUGAGUAUCUAUACUGCGUUGACUUCGUCAAGAAUCUAUACGCCACCAGUACCGAUCACUGUUGUAAACUGUGGCAGCGGUCCCAGGAGUUUGGAUUGACACACUUCGAUAUGGUGAUAAAUCUGCCACAUGCCUUUAGGUCUUUAGAACUGAGUUCAGAUGGUCAGUGGCUAUAUGGCGGUCUCUACGAUGACGCUGAACGUCGGGCUCUGAGGGCCAUUAAUGUUGAAAGUGGAGAGGAAUUGGAAUUCAACUCCAAAACAAUGUCAAUAUACGACCUAAAGUUGAAAGACGAUCAUGUUGUUUUCACAGCCAAUUUCGAUACAACAUUUAGGAUGUUUGACCGACGAGUAGAUCGAGAUGUGUCAAUCUGGGAGGAUCCGUUUGACUCUUCCUUUUACUCCCUGGAGUAUGAUGGUCUGUAUGGGGUGCUGGUCGGCACCAACAGACAUGCCCGGGUCAACCUUUACGAUAUAAGAAUGAAAAAAUACGUACAAUUAUACUUCCCUGGAAGGACCCGACAGCACAAUGGCCUUUCGCCAGUAUAUAGCCUCGCCUGUGAUAGCCGAUAUAUGUUCGUGGCUACCGAUCACAACCUGCGUGUGUUUGACUUCAAAGCAAGCUGUGGAAUUCGAAGGGAUUAUAGCAGCAUCAAUGCCAUAACGAAGGCAUAAUUAUAAAUAUUGUAAAAGGAAAUAUUAGUCAAUUGUCCAAAGAUCAUUAUUGCCUUUGACCAAUAUUUGAAAUAUUUACCCGAAAGCUGAACGUUAUAGCUGUGUUAGUUUUAUUACAACAGCCUUAGUUAUAAUACUAUUAUCAAUGUAUCUAUUAUAUAAAUCAUUUAGUUUAGGGUAUAACCAAAUUAAACAAUAGUUUUAAA